AUGGGCCAAACUGUAACUACCCCCCUUGAGCCUCACCCUCAACCACUGGUCCGAGGUUCAGGCACGGCAUCCCAGGACAGAUCCUCCCGCGCCUCUUUCGCCGCAGCCUCUUUCGCCGCAGCCUCUUUCGCCGCAACCCUCAGCCCCCCCAUCUCCUCCCUCUACCCCUUUCUCCCCAAACCAGACCCCCCCAAGGCGCCUGUAUUACCACCCGAUCCUUCUUCCCCUUUAAUUGAUCUCUUAACAGAAGAGCCACCUCCCUAUCCUGGGGGUCACGGGCCAACACCGCCGUCAGGCCCUAGAACCCCAACUGCCUCCCCAAUUGCCAGCCGGCUGCGAGAACGACGAGAAAAUCCAGCUGAGAAAUCUCAAGCCCUCCCCUUAAGGGAAGGCCCAAACAACAGACCCCAGUACUGGCCAUUCUCGGCCUCUGACCUGUACAAUUGGAAAUUGCAUAACCCCCCUUUCUCCCAGGACCCAAGGAGAGACAAAGGGUCCUCCUUGAAGCCCGAAAGCAAGUUCCAGGCACAUUUACGCGCCCUGCAGCUGGUCCAAGAAGAAAUCCAGAGACCUCUAGCGGCAGCCUACCGAGAAAAGCUCGAAACCCCGGUUGUGCCUCACCCCUUCAAACCAGGAGACUCCGUCUGGGUUCGGAGACAUCAAACCAAGAACCUCGAGCCACGGUGGAAGGGACCACAUAUCGUCCUCCUGACCACCCCCACAGCCUUAAAAGUAGACGGAGUUGCUGCUUGGAUCCACGCCUCUCAUGUAAAGGCUGCAGGGCCAACCACCAAUCAGGACCCCUCAGACGACCCCAGCUCAGACGAUCUAUCAAGAUGGAAGGAAAUACAUGGAACCCUUCAGAUCAGGAACCAUUCCCAAGGCAACGGAGGCACCCCAGGUAUAACUCUUGUUAAUGCCUCCAUUGCCCCUCUAAGUACCCCUGUCACCCCCGCAAGUCCCAAACGUAUAGGGACAGGAAAUAGGUUAAUAAAUUUAGUGCAGGGGACAUAUCUAGCUUUAAAUGUCACUAACCCCAACAAAACUAAAGACUGUUGGCUCUGUCUAGUCUCCCGACCGCCCUACUAUGAAGGAAUUGCGGUAUUGGGCAAUUACAGCAACCAAACCAACCCCCCCCCAUCCUGCCUAUCCGACCCACAACAUAAACUAACUAUAUCAGAAGUGUCCGGGCAAGGUUUGUGCAUAGGGACUGUUCCUAAGACCCACCAAGCUUUGUGCAACAAGACACAAAAAGGACAUAAAGGGACUCACUAUCUAGCAGCCCCUAACGGUACCUACUGGGCAUGCAACACCGGGCUAACCCCAUGCAUCUCCAUGGCAGUGCUCAACUGGACCUCUGAUUUUUGUGUCCUGAUCGAGUUAUGGCCCAGAGUAACUUACCAUGAGCCUGAGUAUAUCUAUUCCCACUUCGAAAAUAAGCCCCGGUUCAAGAGAGAUCCAAUCUCCUUGACAGUUGCCCUCAUGCUGGGAGGAAUCACUGUAGGGGGCAUGGCCCGGAAUAGGAACAGGGACUGCGGCCUUCUCGAGACAGCCCAAUUUAGACAACUGCAAAUGGCCAUGCACACGGACAUUCAGGCCUUAGAGGAGUCAAUUAGUGCCUUAGAAAAAUCCUUGACUUCCCUUUCUGAAGUAGUCUUACAAAACAGGCGAGGCCUAGAUAUUCUGUUCCUACAGGAGGGAGGGCUAUGUGCAGCGUUAAAAGAAGAAUGUUGUUUUUAUGCAGAUCACACCGGAUUAGUCCGAGAUAAUAUGGCUAAAUUAAGAGAAAGACUAAAACAGCGACAACAACUAUUUGACUCCCAGCAGGGAUGGUUUGAAGGGUGGUUCAACAAGUCCCCCUGGUUCACUACCUUAAUAUCCUCCAUCAUGGGCCCCUUAAUGAUCCUCCUCCUAAUUUUACUCUUCGGACCUUGCAUCCUUAACCGGUUGGUGCAGUUUGUCAAAGAUAGAAUAUCCGUCGUGCAGACUUUAGUGCUAACCCAGCAACACCAACGCCUGGGGCUGCGACUCAGACCAACCGUAUCACCCCAGCUAAAUGUAUGAUUCCAUUUAGGCUCCUAAGAAAAGGGGGAAAUGAAAGACCCCUUCCCCUUGUUUUGACCCCCUGUCAUAAUAUGCUUAGCAAUAGUAACGCCAUUUGCAAGACAGCACCAAGAAGUUCAGGGGUCUUAUCCUAAGUCCACCGUUUAGCUGCCAAACAGGAUAUCUGUGGUCAGCCACCCGGCCCUAAGAUAGCCACCUGGCCCUAAGAUGGGAAUGGAAAGUACUGACUCCACCCGAUAGACCCUAGAGAUGAGCCUAGUCAGCCACCCAUGUUUUUCCCCCUCAUUCUGGGAAAUCGCCCUCAGAAAAGAAAAGAAAAA